AUGUUAACUAUCCUGAGAUACCUAACCUGGUCGUUAUUAGGAUACAUCACCCAGGAGGCGGGAGAGUUUAUGAUCACCUUUCCGUAUGGUUACCACGCUGGCUUCAACCACGGCUUCAACUGUGCCGAGUCGACCAACUUCGCUAGUGUCCGAUGGAUCGACUACGGCAAGGUGGCCACUCAGUGUACAUGCAGUAAAGACAUGGUGAAGAUCAGCAUGGAUCCCUUUGUGAAGUGGUUCCAACCGGACCGCUAUGCUGUGUGGAAGCUGGGGAAAGACUCCUGUCCUCUGGACCACACCCGAGCCACGCCCGCCACCACCCCAGAACUGCAGAACUGGCUUCAGCGCAGCCGGGUCAAGACCCCUGUGAACAGCAGCCUCUCACACCCACGGACCAGAUCCAAGCGCCUGAGGACCAGCGAGGAGCCUGUCGCCUUGGAAGGGUGUUCUGUCCUGGGAAGGAGGAGGGGCCUCGGAGGCACCCUGGGUCCCAAGGUCCAGAGAGGCUGCAGGGCUGGGGAGGAUGAGGACGAUGAGGAGGAAGGAGAGGAUCAGACUGAGAAUACACUCCGGCUCCCUGGUCCUUGUCGGCAGAUGUGUGUGGUGAAAGUCAACAGAAUGGAAGUGGAGAGUGACCGGUUGGCCUUCCCCUGUCCUCCUGAACCUCUGCGCCCCUCGUCUUUCCCCUCUCCCUCACCCUCUUCCGACUUCUCUUCUCGCCCCUCACCCUUUCUGACCCCUGUCUCAGUGGACACCACAGAACAAGGGACAGGGGCGGGGACUCACCCUUCACCCCAUCUGCAUCCCACUAACCCCCCACAGAACCCCUCAGGGUCAGAGUUCGCAGAGGUCAUUAAAGGACCCCAUCAGAGGUCCGAGGCGGCCCCUACACCUGCCCGAUCAGAAAGAAGAGAAAUCCCCGGAGGACCGUUUAAGUCAGUAUGUAUAGAGUUGACUCCACUGGGACAGGUCCCCGAGGACUGCUCUGUGGAUGUCCACCCCUCUCCAGACCCCUUACGGACCAGGUUACCUUCCCCCAGAACGGUGCACCCGACUGGGGCUCAGGGGUGUACGGACUCGGCCUGUGGCCCUGGAGCUUUUCAAUCAAGUUCUUCUUCCGUAGAGAAGUCGUCUUUAAACCUAACCUCAACCCUAGCCCCCGGCACUGAGUAUAAAAUGGAUACGUGUCAUGGUACUGCGGUUAAUAUUACUACUACUACUACUACUACUACUACUACUACUACACACAGCAGUCACACCUCUGAAAGCAAAACACCAGCACUUUACAAUGACAUUGACACGAAUACUGACUCCGGGUCCAGAGGACGUGUUAUUUCCAACUCUAGUUCUGGUUCUGGUCCAGCUAACUUGUUCAGGUGUAGUGAAAAAAACUGCACUCCCGUUGAAAACCGUUCCUCUCUCCCUAUGUGUACUACACACAACCGUGUCCCCAUACAAAACCCUUCCCUUCUUCCGAGGUGUAGUUUACGAGACUGUUGCCCUCCUCUCCUCCAGAGGAACAACGGGGUGGACAUGCCUUUCCUCACUCCAGAACUGUCUGGAGAGACGAGGUUCUGCCCGCCCCUGCCGCCCGUUCUCACCCAGGAGAUGCCCUCCCUCACACUCGCCGUCAGCGGAGGUCACGCCGAGAUCAAAGGUCCGAGGUCGUCCUCCUCCUCGACUGGCCGACACGGUGGUGCUCUAACCUUACCGGAUUUGCCGGGCAGUCACCCGGUCCUCGCCCCCGUGCUCCGACGCGAGACACCCACGACCCUCUCGCCAGGAACGGAGACGUUAACGGGCGAGGUGUGCGAGGUGGAGUUGGCGUCAAAGAAGUCGGAGGAAGAGGAUUUUCCACCGUUAGCGCCUUACAGAGACUGGCGCUUGGGUUCUGCUGAAGACCACCAUAGACCAGAGCUGGAUUUACAGUUAGCGGCUUACGUGGCUAAUGCAACUAGCAAUGCUCGGCCCAAAAUGGCCGCCUCUGAUCACAAAAUGGCCCCCUCUCGGCACUCUGGUCCUACUGAAGACCACCACCAUAGGCCAGAGUUGGAGUCACAGGUAGCAGCUUACGCGGCGGCUAGUGCAACCAGCGACGCUCAACCCGAAAUGGACGCCUCUCUGCACAAAAUGGCCGCCGACGCUUCCCAUCUAGAAGCACUACCAAUCCAAACAUUGUCUGAGACAGUGCUGACCACCGACAACCACUGUAGUCGAACCUCCGCGGAGACUCAUGCUAGCAAUAAUAACCACAUGCUCUGUGACGUUACACUACUGCCAACGCAGCAAAUCCAGAAACACGGGUCCUCGACGGCAACAGUAUCCAUGGACUCCGACUCAGAAGGAUCCUCUCAAAGAGACGAUGUAUUUAGAGACUCCAGUACGAAGGGUUUAUAUCUAGCUAGCACCAGUUUGACUUCUAAAGAUAAGUUGGCCCACUCUUCUGAGCUGAGUGAAUUGAAUGACCAUUCAGCAACAGUACAACACCAACACGACCAUGACCAAACUCCACACUCAAACAUGGAUGCCGUUUGUAGUUCCCGAAACGUGGAUUCCAUUUGUAGUUCCCAAAACGUGGAUUCCAUUUGUAGUUCCCAAAACGUGGAUUCCAUUUGUAGUUCCCAAAACGUGGAUUCCAUUUGUAGUUCCCAAAACGUGGAUUCCAUUUGUAGUUCCCAAAAAGUGGAUUCCAUUUGUAUUUCUCGAAACGUGGACUCUGUUGGUAGUUCCCAAAGCCUCUACCUGGAGCCCAAACCUUUCUCAGACGGCAUCUGGAAGAACCUCAACUCCCAGAGUCCUGCGGUGCUCAUCGAGAGCCUCCACCACCCGGAGCUCCCCGCCGACUAUACCCACGAUGCACUACCUUACACCAUGUGGACCGAGCCGCAGUGCAAAGAGGUCACAGACCUCGAUCACGAAACUGAGACGGACGACCAGGACCCGGAGGGACAUGGGGACGGGCCUCUCACCUGGGCCCAGCUGGAGUCCACCUCUCUGGGGUCGGCCGGUAGGGAGGUGGAGGCAGCGGAAGCCCUGGCUCUGUGCAGGGAACUGGGGGUGGAGAGGGAGGCCGAGGGGGCUCUAGAACCUGACCCUCCCGAAUCGCCCUUGGAGGAGAGACCGGGGGAAGGGGAGGUGUCCGAUAUGGAAGAGGGAGAUUCUGAGGAUGAGGGGCAGAGCAGCACGAGGGAGGAGAGUAGUAGUGAGUCAUCGGAAGGAGAGGCUGAAGAAGAGGAAGGGGAGGAAGACUAUGAUAAUGAUUUGAGCGACUUUGAGUGUGGCGACUUGGGGCUGGAACCUGGAGAGGUUUGCACUUACCCUGCUGCUCCGCUGGUAAAGAGAACCAGUAAGAGCUGGCGUCGCCCUCUGAGGAAGCCCACCGCCCGGGCCGUGCCCUCCACUGUCAAACAACAGGCUGUCAGCGACGACGAACCCCCGGAGGCGUCUUUGGAGGGGGAGGAGCAGGAGGCUGAGCCAUGGGCUAAGCCCCUCCUCUUCCUGUGGCAGAACAGAAAGUGUUACUUCACGGCGGAGAGAGAGUACAACGCUAACGCAGCCAAGAUGUUGCCGCACUGUGCUGUCUGCACACUGUUCAUGCCCUACUACCAGCCUGAGGACAGAGCUGACUGCCUCAAGCCCGUCCCCUCCUCCCCUCUCCCUUCCUCCCCUCCCCCGUCUCCCACCACCUCCAGGACUAGAGGAGGACCAGGGGGUCUGAGGAGGAGCAAGCCCCUGCUACCAGAGAUCUGUUUCAGCUACAGGGAGCAGACGUGCCCCCCUACCCCCACCAACACCCUGCUGCAGGAGGACGGCACCAGCCCGCUGAUCACCUGUCAGGGGUGCUGUCUACAGGUUCACGCUAGUUGCUAUGGCGUUGCCACUGAUGAUGUCAGCGAGGACUGGUCGUGUGAUCGCUGUGCGGACGGAACCUUGACGGCUGAGUGUUGUCUGUGUAAUCUGAGAGGAGGCGCUCUGAAGAAAACUACAGAUGACAAGUGGGCCCACGUGAUGUGUGCAGUAGCUCUGUCAGAGGUCUGGUUCAGGGAUGAGGUCAGGAGGAGUCCCAUUGAUAUCAGCAGGAUACCCAUGCAGAGAUACAAACUGAAGUGUAUCUACUGCCGUAAGCGGUGUGUGAGGCGUGGCCAGGGUGGGGGAGGGGCAUGUAUCCAGUGUUCGUGCGGUCGAUGUCCCACCUCCUUCCACGUUACCUGUGCCCACGCCGCCGGGGUCACCAUGGAGCCGGACGAGUGGCCUUACGUGGUGUCAAUCACCUGCCACAGGCACCAAUCACGGAGCUCGUCUGCUCAGCGUGCAGCGUUUCAGAAGGACAUCGUCCUGGGUCAGACCGUCAUCUCCAAACACAAGAACCUGCGGUACUACAGUUCAAAGGUCACCCAGGUGACCUCCCAGACCUUCUAUGAGGUCAUGUUUGAUGACGGAUCCUUCAGCAACGACACCUACCCAGAGGACAUAGUGAGCCGGGACUGUGCCUGUCUCGGUCCUCCAGAAGUAGGGGAGGCUGUGCAGGUGAAGUGGCCUGAUGGACUCUUCUAUGGAGCCAAAUACCAGGGAUCCAACACCUCGCAUAUGUACCAGGUGGAGUUUGAGGAUGGUUCCCAGGUGGUAGCUAAGCGAGAGGAUGUCUAUACUCUGGAUGAAGACCUUCCCAAAAAGGUGAAAGGGCGACUCUCGACGGCCUCCAGCAUGCGUUUCCAGGACGCCUUCUUCACGACCCAGGGAGAGAGGAAGAGACAGAGAACGCCCAACUCCCGUUUCCAGAAAGACUAUGUGGCCCUCCCAGGCCUCCUUACCGCCAGCCAGAGCACAUGGGAACCCCGCAGCCUAAAGGGAAAUGAUAGAGGGGGAGAGGUGGCUGGAGUGAUGACAAAUGAAUGCACUGAUGUAUGUGUGCGUGGGUGUAGCUGUGGGAUGUGAAGGUGUGUGUGUGUGUGUGUGUGUGUGUCGGGGGGGGGUAGGAAAGAGGGCUGGGCAGAGGACAGUUUUGAUUGGACUGUAUUGUCCUGAAGAAAGGUUAUCAUGUGUUGUGGUUACCCAGUGCUUUCUCAUAAGGCAGGGAAUUUAAAACAACAACUACAAAUAUUUGUCACCUGAGUUGCGUUUUUUUUUAAUAAUAAAAAGACAAAAACACGUUUUUCUUUGUAUAUUUACAAAAACAAAACGGAGCUUCUUUUUUUCUUCUUCUUUCUAAACAAGCCUACAAUACAAUGGAAUCUGUUGUAUCUACAUGAGGAUUUGGAAUCUGUUGUAUCUACAUGAGGAUUUGGAAUCUGUUGUAUCUACAUGAGGAUUCGGAAUCUGUUGUAUCUACAUGAGGAUUUGGAAUCUGUUGUAUCUACAUGAGGAUUUGGAAUCUGUUGUAUCUACAUGAGGAUUCGGAAUCUGUUGUAUCUACAUGAGGAUUCGGAAUCUGUUGUAUCUACAUGAGGAUUCGGAAUCUGUUGUAUCUACAUGAGGAUUCGGAAUCUGUUGUAUCUACAUGAGGAUUUGGAAUCUGUUGUAUCUACAUGAGGAUUUGGAAUCUGUUGUAUCUACAUGAGGAUUUGGAAUCUGUUGUAUCUACAUGAGGAUUUGGAAUCUGCUGUAUCUACAUGAGGAUUGAUUUUUAAUAUGAAUGCAUCCCCAGUCCCAGCCUGUGUCCCAAAUGGCAUCCUAUUCCCUAUAUACUGGGCCCUGGUUUGAAAGUAGUGCACUUCUAUAAGGGAAUAGGGUGCUAUUUGGGAGGCUGUCCCAGUGUUUUCCCUCUCCGCAUGUCAGCUGUCGUCUGCUACUUCUUCUCCUCGGCCGCGUCUCCAUACUCUCAGAGCGGCUUCCUCUCCUCAUGUCCUUGUAUACUCGUCUCCUUUCCUUGUAUCCUCCAUUUCACACUGACCCGAAAGGACUGGACAGGUGAAGGCGAACACACGAAAGACAUCGGCCGUUUUUGACGUUGCUUUAAUUUGUCUGGGUCUUGAUCAGAUCAGUGCAGAUUAAGUCGAGGGGUUGAGGAAAAAGGAGACGAGAAGAGGAAGCAACCAGAGUUGCUACUGUCGCUGUGUUGAAUAAAAAACACGGUGAUCUAAUUAUUUAAUUUAAUAUUUGUAUUUAUUUUGGGGGCUUUCAAAAAAGUUAAAAAUAUUGCUAACUGCUGUAAGGAAAACAAUAAAUAAUUUCCAUGUC